AUGCUCGGCGUUCCCGCCACUAGCCGCGUCACAUCGAGCAGCUUCUACCAUCGACCUAAUGGGCUGUCCGUCUCAGACGUGGACCUCGAUAUUGAAGGUGCGGGGGGAGGAAGGAUCGACGAACUAUACGAUGCUGGUCUACCGUGGCCGCUAGAAAGAAGCGCACGUCAGACAUCCUGGUCCGCGAAAGGCCCCGCAGAAUACAUCCCGCGCUUACCGCUGUUUAAGAGCUUAUAUUGUCACCUCAACUGGGCUAGAGCAGGCUGGUGGGACGGCAAUCGAUGGUCGGAGGCGCUCAAUCUCAUCGCAAGCUCCCGCGAGAUUCGAAAUGGUGUUUUGAAAGGUCUGGUGCUAAGUGGCACCAUCUCUGCGGUUGUAUUUUUCUUCGAGCUCGCCUUUUUCCCAAAGGUGCUUUUCCAACAGACACACGACCAGCAUGUGCAGGGCGUCGUCGAGUCUGGAUCGAUCGUUGGUGGACUCGGAAAUGUCUUUUGGCUCUAUCCUCUCAUCGGCGGCAGCUACCUCCUCGCCUCUUCCUGGACAUCCGACAUCGCCAAUGCGGCAUACAAGCUUCGGCACGGGCACGUGCGAAGGCUCACCCUGUCGAACCCGUCAUUGCCUCCAGGAACGUCACGCCGUAUGCUGCAGGAGAGCUAUCGCAUGAUCCUCAUCGUCAACUACACCAUUUUUUACCUACUUCUCGGUCGCAUACCCUACCUUGGGCGCCCUCUCUCCUUCUUGUUCAUGUGCCUCGUCGAUGGCUACUACUGCUUUGAGCAAGCAUGGAUCUCGCGAGGAUGGUCGCUCGACCGCAGAAUGCGCUACUGUGAAGAGAGAUGGUCGUACUUUGUCGCCUUCGGCUUGCCCUCCACGGCAGUGUCCUUCUUCCAUCCGAGCGGACUGCUCAACUUGAUGCUCUUCAUGCUCGUAUUCCCCUUUUGCACGGUACUUGCCAUGCUCGCCGAUCCACAACCGCGAAUUUCAGCAUCUGGCACGCUUGCGGCUUCGUCGAAUGGGUUUGGUGUAGCCGGUGGGCACGUGUACGCCAACGGUCCGCUCCAUCGACUCGUCCCUUCACGCUUGCCCAUCUUCUGGCCGACGGUCAAACUUCAUCGCCUUGUGUUGCAGCUUUUGCCGUCCUUGGCGGAUGUACCUCUCGCGCCGUCUGCCCAGGCUUUCGAGCGAACCGCCAACAUGUAUGGCAGGACCACCGACGUGUCGGGUGCGGGCGGGUUCUCGGUCAACGGCGGAUUCGGCGGGUUCGGCACCGGAGGCAAAAGAGCAGCAGACGUGGUGGGCGGCAUCUUUAACAACGGCAGUCGUAGCAAUCUCAAUUCGGGCCGCAAUUCACCUUCACCGUGGCCAGCGUAUGGUGCAGUCCCUCGUUCAUCUCACGAAGUUUCCAGCCGCGAAGCCUGUCAACAUUUGGAUUCGGGAAGCGAUGUACCUGUCUCUGGUGGCUCAGCAACCGGAACCUACAACGCAACGGGGCAAAUUAUGUAUUCGAGGGCAUCCGCAGCCCCGCCCCCACCGAAAGCGCCUUUGGGUCCCCCACCAAAAGGUCCUGUCGCAUAUCAUCGAAAAGCAGACUAG